AAGGUGGCAGAAGCUCGAUGCUCAUUGUCUAUUGUUGUUGUAGGCUCGGGUACUCCAUCUGUUGAGCCUUCGGCUGAUCGCGCUCUUCAAAACGAUGAGGAAGUAGUCCAUGAUCUUCACGAGAUCACUUACCAUGAUGAAGAUUUUGAAGCUGGCGUAUCCGUGGAGGAUCAUAGCAAGCAGUUCUUUGUUUCGGAAAUGGAAGAAAAGGAGAGGCAGUACGAGCAACACAAAUUUUCGCUUGAGCAACGAAGAAGCGAGCUUAUACGUGUACCUCCCCGCAUGUGCCCCGUGUGCAAAAAGGGGUUUAGCAAACGUCAACAGUUCCAGAAGCACAUGAAGACUCACCGUCCUUUGCUGGAGUGUCAAUACUGCUCUUUCAAGUGUCGAAGCAAGAAACAAUACGCAACCCACGAAGCCCGUCACUUGAAGGACAAUCCUCAGUUCAUUUGUGACUUGUGUCCAAUGAAAUUUGUCCUGUCUAGCCAGCUGCGCGCUCACAUGGGUCGCCAACACGGAAUUUUUUACUGUCCUCAAUGUGGUCAUCAAUCUUCAUCGUUUGAGGAGCGCAAUGAACAUAUGCUGGCCGAGCACAGCAUUCAAAUAAAGAGGAAGAAAGACGGAUAUGCUCUUAGUGAAUGCCAGGAUGAUGAGAAUCAAGAAGAACAAAAUAUAUGUGGUACGUGCUACAAAAAGUGUCGCUCCAGAGCUCUUCUCCGGAUUCAUGUCGCACAGCAUUUCAAUGUCGACCCCAACCAACUGUCAGAUGUUCUAGAACCAAUAAGAACGGAAGAUCCCUUAGCUGCUAAACAGCGAACUGAAGACGACUUCGGUGAAGAUUCUCAGGACGGCAAGGUGGAGUACACGCUGCCGUCGCGACCUCUCAAGAGAAGCAAUGAAUACGUGGAAGAUAGUCCUCCUCAUCGCAAACAUCCUCGAAUGGAGAAUGUUAUGGAUGAAUCUUAUAGGGAGCACUUGAAUGGUCCUGAAUCUUAUAGGGAGCACUUGAAUGAUCCUGAAGUGAACGUUCUAGCCCGUAUUAAGCCAGCUAGCGAAAAUGCUCUCUACCGGUGCAGCGAUUGCGUUAUUGACUUGCCUAGUCCCAUGUCUCUGUUCCUACACGUAGUGACCAUUCACGGCUUCCUGGAGUACGACGCUCGCCGCAGGAUGGCACAGGAUGGGGACUUAGCUUCGAAUACUCUGCAAACUGAAGCUAAAAUUUCCCAGCCAGAGAAAGGCAUCGACCCGAAUCGUAAUCGCCCUGGUCUGAAUUUGAAUACUCAUGUUCGACAAUUUAUUCCUUACUUCUGUCGAGUUUGCGGUCCUCAAAAGAAGUUCCACAAAUACACCAUGUACGCUGCCCACAUGAAGACGCAUCGAAAGUUGAAGAAAUGUUCCGAAUGUAAUUUUUCUUCUACGCAAACCAUGCGGAUCCUCAUUCAUCAAAUCAAAGCUCACAAACGCUUGUUUCGUUGUCCGCGGAAAUGUUUACAAUUAUUCAAAACGAAGCAGGAGCUUGAGACUCAUAAAUCUACCAUCGACUGCAAGAAGGAUUAAUUUUUUCCAUCAAAUUCCUAGCUCUCCAUCAGUCAAGAUUGAGCAUCAUUAAAUACACUUCGGUUCGAGCAGGCAGGUUAGUCGAGUAGCACCUUCUUAUCCAGCUUUUCUGUUCGAUUUUGUCCUGGGGAUUUCUGUCAGAACAAAAAAAAUUAGCGAGGCAAGAUGUGUUCUUUUUUACUGCAUUACGAGGUCGGUGCAGCGUCGUGCUCUCUCUAUGAUCAUGUUAUUUAUGUUUUAAAGUUGGAACUUUCCUAAUUAUUCAUCUUACUAAACUUUUGAAUACCCAGAGGUUUCGUGAAGUUGAAUAAACUCUUAAGUUUUAAAUGGUUGGGCGUAGUUUACUUUAAGGAUUAAACCUAAACAUUACUAGUCAAAAUUUUAUGCUUAAUAAUUAGCACUUGCCUAUAAGAAAAUCUUUGGACUGGGCAAAUUUUUAAAUCCGAAAAGGAAUCGAUCGAUAGAGCUUUACUGUGUGUGAACGAUAAUGCAAGGCUAUCCUUCUAUCUAUAGGAACAGACAGAUGUUCUCUAUGUACAUUGACCACUUAAUAGAUAAGGUUUAAAUAGGCGGCGAAUGAUAACGAUUGGAGGACUCAAUGCUGCAGUUAUGAUAGGAAAACAAUUUCACUCCGUAGUCUUGAAUGUCAUGCAUUGCUUGACCUGUUGUGUGAAAUGACGAAUUUGAGAUCUUUGGAUAAAUUACCUUGACGAAUGUAAGUUGCAUCAUCUUUCUUGUAGUUAGCUUAGCUCGUAAGUUGGAAUAAAGCAGUAUGGACGCGCUUCUUUGUGGACUAAGUUUAGCCCCACGUAGUCUGUACGCAUUUGAUGACCGACGUUGUCAUCUGCUCGUAAAUAAGUUGCUGGACAUGAAAAAGUGAGUCAGGGCGGGUGGCCCUUCCCAAUGUAAGAAUUUUACUGUUCGUCUAUACCACGCGAUACUUCUCAAGACGUUUUUUAGCUCGACUUCAUUGCUGUUCAAACCAUUCCAGUCGCGUCUAGGUUGUCCCUGUAAAUGAAAAUCCUCUCCCCAACUUGGUGAGCCUCGAUAUCGAUGUAUAAAAUUUUUACAGA